GCAUGCGCGAAACUGAUGUCAAUUCCUGUUAUCGCCGACGUUUUACGACAGUCUUCGCGACCUGGGACCAGCUCGGAAUCUGGCAGGGGUGCAUUUCUCGGCAUUACACCUGUUCCGGGCGUCUUCGAAUUUUAUCAUCAAAGACACAUUGCAAGCUUCAUUGACCCAGGAUCCUGGACUGAAAAAACAGGAAGAGACCUUGAGUUUUUUCCUCAACAGUCCAGUGGGGAUUCUUGUGGUGUCUACAUGCUGAUGUAUGCUCUCAGCAUCUGCACAUCAUGUCCCUUAACAUUCACAGAGGAGGAGGUGCCAUUGAUUCGCCAGUGGUGGUGCAUUAACCUCAUGGAAAGAUUUUGCCUAGAAGGGCAUGGACAGAGGUUUGCAUACUGGACCGAAGAAGCAUCCCAACUCCUUCAGGGGAUCGUUGAGCCUGUGUUUAGGGUGUCGAAAUUCACCACCACCAAACUGUCACCCAGCAGAAGAGUUGUGGAUGACAAGGACAUUGAUAAGGUGCAGCAGCCAACCAUUGUCCGAGACCUAAAUACAGCGUGGUACUGGGUACAGAAUCACAGACACUUAUUCCGUGGGGAGGUGACAGAGCCUGCCUUUUUGCAGAUGAACAGGGGUGAUCAACAAAAUGCCAUCAAGAACCUCUUGGGGGGUCAAUUCUCUGAGGCGAAGGAUGCCUUUUUGUUUAUAUUUCAUUACCAAGAAGACAUGGAAACAUUUUUGUCGUACUGUGUUGAUGACCAAGGCCUAAAGGUCAAUGCUAUGUUCUACAAAGAGAAAUGUAGUGUGUGUGCGUGUGUGAGUGAGUGAGUGUGCGUGAGAGAGA